AUGGGGGUAGAGAGAUGGGGCCGAUUAUUCCGGGAAGAGGUAUUCGACAAGGUGAUCCUCUCUCCCCUUAUGUUUCUUCUGUGUGUUGAAGGAUUUUCUUCUCUUAUAAGGAGAUUUGAAGCUAGGGGUGUUCUUCAUGGGUGUCGUGUUUGUAAUGGUGCCCCAAUCAUUUCUCACAUGUUGUUUGCGGAUGAUUGCUACAUUUAUUGCAAAGCUAUUGAUAGGGAGGCUCGUAGUGUCCUCCUCUUACUACAGCUUUUCGAACAAGCCUCUGGUCAGUGUAUUAAUUAUUCUAAGUCUACUAUCCUUUUUAGCUUAACCACCACCUCAGCUACUAGACAAGAAAUGUGCAAUUUAUUACGCAUGAUCGAAGCUCCUGACAAUAGUAUGUAUCUCGGCCUCCCUUGUAUUAUGGGUCGGAACAAGAAUGCCAUCCUUGGUAUUUUGAAAGAUAAAAUGCAUAAAAGAAUUCUGAGCUGGGAAGGUCGCUUGCUUUCAAAAACGGGCAAGGAGGUGUUGAUCAAAACUGUCGCCCAAGCUCUCCCCACUUAUGCUAUGUCCGUCUUCUUGUUGCCUGUGGAAACCUGUAAUAAGUUGGAAGGAAUGAUGAGCAAAUAUUGGUGGAGUUCGGGUUCCAAUAAAAAACGUGGGGUAAGUUGGUCUAGUUAG